AUGUCGGAGAGAGAAAUGGUUGAAUUGUUUAUGGGUAUGCUGCAAGGUGUCUAUUAUGAUCGUAUGGUUGGCAGUACGUCAGUAGGGUUCUCUGAGCUUGUGAUGAUAGGAGAAAUAAUUGAGAUCGGAUUGAAGUUAGGAAAACUCCAAAUGGAUAAUGUCGAAAAUGCUCCGGGCGGAGCUGGAAAAAAGCCAUUCUCAGGGUAUCAUAAAAAGAAAGAAGAAGCCAACGCAGUUUAUGGACAUAGAAAUGGAAGAGGUAGGUGUCGUCAGCACGAUCAACCUCAGUUGAAGUUGGUUACCCUGAAAGAAAUGCCUCCCUUGAUCAACAAAGUGCCUGCAAAUUUUAAUGCCAACGCUCUUUGUGGUUACCACUCUGGUGGUGUGGGGCACGAUGUGAAGAACUGUUGGGCUCUGAAAUACAAAGUACAGGAGCUGCUGGAUUCAAAGGUUGUGCAGUUCACGCCGGUCAAUGCUCCUAAUGUCAUUCAGAAUCUUAUGCUUGUGCAUGUUGUAGCUGUUAAUAUGGUUGAGGUUGUAUAUACUGAUGAGCAUUUGAAUCUGAUAACAGAGGUUGGUGAGUUAUCUACUCCCUUGUUGGCUAUCAAGGAAUAUUCGGUUGAAUACGGUGUACCAAUUAAAGAGUUGGAAAAAGAGAAAGUUGAGAAGGUUGAAGAAGAAAUAGUUGUGAUUUCUAUCCCUUAUACCCCAAAGAGGAUUCUUGCGCCUGCUAGGCCUGUCCCUUUGGUUGUUACCAUGCCGGGUCCGGUUCUGUACUCGAGUGAAAAGGCGGUGCCUUGGCAUUACGGUUCUGACGUCUAUUAUCAUGGUAUUAAACAAGUGUUUAUUCCUGUUCUUGCCAAGAAGGAGGAAGUUGAGAAAGAAGACGUGAAUGCGGGGGACUUCUCCGGCGCUGGCCGAAUCACUCGUAGUGGGAGAGUGUUUGCUCCACCCAAUUCCCAAGAUGUUGCAGAUGCCUUAGAGAAGGCUAAAGAGAAGCAGGUGGAUGAUGGCCCCAGACCUGUUCAGGUCAACUUACGGAAGGAUGAUGCUGGUCCAUCACAAACCCAAGAAGUUGAGAAGUUGUUGAAAAUCAUCAGGAAGAGUAACUACAAGUUGAACGGUCUCGGGUUUACUGAUAGUGAUCUCCCUGUUGAGGGACAAAGCCACAACAAAGCCUUGCACAUCUCGAUUGAGUGCAAAGGGACUACUCUUUCUCGAGUUUUGGUUGAUAUAGGUUCAUCCCUGAAUGUGCUUCCCAAAUCUGCAAUGAUGAAAAUUGAUUAUUCUGGUGUUAAGAUACGUCCGAGUGACAUGCACGUCAGGGCCUUCGACGGCUCUCAGAGGUCAUUCUUUGGUGAAGUAGAUCUUCUGAUUAAAGUGGGGCCUCAGAUCUUUACUGAUGCCUUCUUUGUAAUGGACAUACACCCAGCAUAUUGUUGCUUGCUGGGUAGGCCUUGGAUUCAUGGUGCUGGAGUUGUGACAUCUACUUUGCAUCAGAAAAUGAAAUACCCUAUCGACGGUAAAAUUGCAAUAGUUUGCGGGGAAGAAGAGUAUAUUGUGAGUCACUUGUCGUCUUUUCGCUACGUGGAAGUGGAAGGUGAGAUUCAUGAAACCCCAUUUCAGGCUUUUGAGGCGGGUCACACCGAAGGUUGGCGCCGUGUGUUGGAUCUCCCUCCCAAGUUUGAUAAGUUUAGCCUUGGUUUCAGACCUGUUAUAAAGAGCAACACUCAUAAGCCAUCAAGUUCCUUCACUCCUGUGAAGUUUGCUAGUGGUGGUAUUGUCAGAGAUGGCCAAGUGAACGUUGCUACGGAUGAGGUAGACAAUGAUUAUGAGAUGGACCAGUGGAUCAAGCCCAGUGUUCCGGGUCAAGAGCUUAACAACUAG